AUGCAUGACAGUGAGUUUAAACCUUUAUAUAGAUUUUUAAAAUUUUUUUUUCCAGUUUUCUUCCCGGAAAAUGAAGAUUUACCAGUCGGCAAGAUUGUCGGCAAGCGUUAUAGGGUGAAGAGUAUUCAUAAAAGCUUGAAAAUUAUCUUUGAAAAUUAUCAGAUAAUAAAAAAGUUGGGCGAAGGAGGAUGUGGUUGUGUUUACAAAGUACAAGAUGUAGACAAGGAGGAAGCUUUUGUGAGUUCCUAAUUAAUUAGCUAAUUAGAGAUUAUGUUUAAUUACAGCACGCUUUAAAGGUCGAGUUCCACAACAGCACAAUUGGCAGUGUUCUCAAAAUGGAAGUGCAGGUGUUUUUUCAAAAAAGAUUUGGAAAACUAGGCCAUAAUUCUAUUGAAAAAACCGCACAUUCAACGACUUUUGGAAAACUAGGCCGUGAUGCCGAAAAUAAUUGAAAAUCCCUUGUAGCAUGUAAAAAAUGGGUUACCUACGUCAGCAAACAUUUUUUAGAUGUUUUCGAAAAACCUUCUUCGAUUUUUUUUUUUGGAAAACUAGGCCGCCUAAAAGGAGUGAGAAAAUGAACCUGUGAAAUUAGUCCAUCUUCGGUGAGAUUUGGAAAGACCGCCAGGUUUUUUCCAUAAUAUUCGGAAAACUAGGCCUUCGGAAUAGAUUACUUCGUAGAUAAUUGCGUUUCAUUUUCCUACAUGAUAAAUGUAAAUUCAAACGAUUUGGAAAAAAAGGCCGUGUGCCGAUAAUUACAGAAAAUCACUUGUAGUAUGAAAAGAGGUUAUAACUAGGCCAUCGAAAAAUUCGGAAGCUUUCGAAAAAUCAUUCAUAGAUUUUUGGAAAACUAGGCCGUCGCUGGCAACAUUUGAAAAAAACCGUACGAUUAUUUUCAAAACUUGUAGGAAAAUAUGUCUUCGGAACAAGCUUUGUGAUAAUUUUCCUACAAUUUGAAAGGGAAAACCAAAUUAUUUGAAAAACCAGUCCGUCAAUUUUGAUCACAUUUGGAAAACUAGGCCACUUCCCACGACACUAUGCUUUUCAAUGUUUUUAACGCCUUUUCACCAUAAAACAUGAGUAAAACUAAAUUUUUCCAGAUCCUCCAGCUUCUAGAAAAGAAACGGCAUGUGGCGAAACUGAUAGCGAGCGGCAAAAGACCGACCUUCACUUAUAUGGUGAUGACGCUGCUUGGCGAGAGCCUACACAACCUCUCCAGGUUAGUCUGAGCAAUACUGAGCCGUUCUUCUUUUUAUUUUUCAGAAAGUUCGGCCCUACGAUCAACGUUUCGACGCAAAUGCGCGUCGCCAUUUGCGUGCUUUACGGACUUAAACAACUUCAUGAUGUCAGUGUUGCUCAUGUUACUGGAGUCAAAUUUAAUAAUUAUAACCUUCCCAUGAGCAUUCGAUUAAAUAUUCCUUUCAUUUAAUUUUUUUUUUUCCAGGUUGGAUACAUUCAUCGCGACCUGAAGCCGGCAAACGUAGCUGCUGGAUUGGUUUUUUUUUCAAAUUUCUUAUAUUAUUUGAUUUUUCCAUAGAACUACUCAAAAAAUAGCUUUUUGCAACUUUUCUCAACUUUGAAAUAACGAAAAAGCCGCAGAAUCAAACAGAAUAUUUUUAAAAAAAUCAUUAUUCUCAUUCAGAACAAUACGCCCGAGGAACGCUUCUUCCUGAUUCUAGAUUUCGGCCUUUCUCGUCAGUAUAUCAUUCAAGAGCCCGACGGAAAAGCAGUGAUGCGGCGACCGCGCGAAAAAGCUAUGUUUAGGUAGGAUAUUAUCGGAAAACAGUGAUAGAGAAAAUUGCAAAAAGAGUUUGCCGCCAGCAGGGGUCGAACCUGCGACCUUGGGCUUAUUAGACCCACGCUCUAACCGACUGAGCUAUGGCGGCCACGUGAGCUGGCGGCGCCGAGGGAGAAUAUACUACUUUGUGUGAGGGGAGGUGUAUUGAAGUUGAAUUUUUAAAAAUUGGAAUUUUCGAAUUUUUUUUUUUCCGAAAUGAGAAGAAGGGACUGUGAAUAUGAAUAAUUUAACAAAGAAAUUGCAAAAAAAAGGGUGUAAAACUAAGAUUUUUUCUGAAAUUAUUUAAUUUCGAGAAAAGUUCUUUAAACGGAGUGGAAUGAACUUCUAUCAGAGAAAAUUUCAAUUUUUCAAAUUUCAGAGGCACAACUCGAUAUUGCUCAAUGGCGAUGCACGACAGGUCAGACCAAGGACGUGUAGAUGAUCUUUGGGCUUUACUUUAUAUGCUUUCGGAAUUACGGCGGCCACUACCUUGGUCCGAUAUGUCGUUAGUUCAGUUCAGAUUUUUUUGAAAAGAGUAAAUCGAAGGCUAUCGAAUCAUACCAAUAACACGGAAAACAAUAGGGUUUGAGGUUAGUUAUGAAGGAUUAAAAAAUGAAAAGAAAAAUACAGUCCUGUGCAGUGGUCUAACUUUACUCCUUGGUAAAAAGCUGUGAAUUUUAGGAAAAAUCUGAAAAUCAAUCAUCAAUAAAUAAAGACGAUAGAGCUCCUACUGAAAAUAAAAUGUGUACGGAUAUCGGUCUUUUUCGAUUUUUCAUUUCGAUUCAGUUAUUCAGAAACAAGGACGCCGUAUCAGAUUUGAAAAAAAAGACUGCGGACGAGGUUUUAUUGAGCAAAAGUCCGCAUGAAUUGCUCGAAUUCAGUGCAUACAUACGGUGACCAAAUCCUACAGUAACCUUUCUCCAAUAAAGUUUUUCCAGCACGCUGACUUAUUAUGAUAGACCAGAUUACGAGAGAAUCUUCACCGUAUUCAACAAAGUAAUGAAAGAGGGCAGUUUCAAGUGAGUUUCUGUGGUGGUCGCAUUUGGAAUGGCUAGGCGGCUUCAAUGUGCGACCGACUUGUAACGGUUUUUGCGCAAAAGCGUCUAGUGUUAAGCUUUGAACCAUUCCAAGCGUGAUAACGGAUUUUAGGACUUCACAAAAGUAACCUUAACCGCAAGAGCUACAGUAACAGUUCCCAAAACAACUUACGUUUGAUUUAUAUGACGUCUAGAGAAAAAUUCAUCACUUCUUAGAUGUGCAGGUUUCUGCCUACAGUAAGAGCAAAGGGCUAUGCAAAUAUGACGUCAUAUGAUAAUCAAUAUUAGAAUUUUUCGAAGUUUGUUUCCAAAAUUUUGGUAGAUCAUGAGACUGCUCAAGCUGGAUCGUGUAUAAAUAUAAUUCUCGGGGGUACUGUAAAAAGCCUCAAACAUCUUGGUCGCACUUGGAAUGGUUCAAAGCUUUCUCAAGCCGACUUUAUAAUUCAUCAGCUUUAUAUAAUACUUUGCGACGCCUCCGCGCGAAAGUCGUUUCAAGUCGGUUGCAACCUAUUUUUCUUCGAUUAGCCAUUCCAAAUGCGACCGCGGAGUCCCUAGUGGGUGAAUUACUGCUUUUUGUCUUGUUUCUGAGAUUGCGCGUAAAAAACUCGGAAAUAAAUUUUUUUUUUCUCAUAAGAAUUUCAACAAUUACUGUCCCCGAAGCACGAAAAUUCGCUCAAUAAAAAUCCCAACCUGAAAAAUAUUUUUUCAGAUGGUCAGAUCCUUAUCACUGGGACCCGCUGGCGGAUCGGAAGGAGAAAAAAGUCCGACUUCUGGGAAAAUCGCCCGCAAGAAGCCCUCUCCGUACCGUCUAACGUGUUAUUGGCAUACGUGCGCAGCGGCUAUUUUUUCGGAGAGUGACGUCAUCAGCGCGCGUCCCUCAUGUUCAGGCGCACCUCCCCCGAAUUCAGGCGCACGUCCUCCUUUUGACCGUUCUGACGUCAUUCCCUCUGACCUUUUUAUUCAUUUAUUUGCAAAAAUUGAGGAAAAAUAGCCGCUGCCCACGUAUGCUUCUUUUUUUUAAAAAAGAACUAGUAAAACAUGAUUUUUUUGAGAUUCCCAGGCCAAAUUUCGAGCUUCCAAGUUUUUUUACUCGAAAUUGGACGAAAAACGUUCAUUUUCCGAGAAAAUCGUAGUUUUUUUCAAACUUCGCGCUAGGAGAGUGAAAAAAACGGUGUACACAAAGUUGCUUACCGUAAUCUUUUUCUUAAUAAAAACAUUUCUUCGCCAUUUUUUUUUAAAUCUUUCUAAUUGAGAGUUUUCAUGUCGGAAGAUACCAUGGAAAGAACAAGAAAAAUUAAAAAUGGGAAAAGAAUAAGUGAUGGAAGUUGUCCAUGGAGCAGCUUUGCCUCAAAAUUCGAUUUUUGGCGGCAAUUCAAACUUUUUACCUACUUUAUUUGAAUCGAUUUAUCUCAAAAACUAGGAACUUCAGUACAGUUUAAGUAGAUGUCUUGAAAGGCAGAAAAAUCAAUUAUUCAAACCAAAAUGUUUUAUUUUUCACACACACAAGUAAUUGACGGAAAAAAUGUAGAGAAACAUAGGAAAAUAAGAUGAUCUACAAGGUGACAUUAUCUUCUCAGAACUCGUGAUUUACUGGCCAAAAAUAAUAAAAACCUUCAGAUUUCAGGACACGAAGACUCGUCGAAAGGAUCCUCCUCCCUACAAGGAACUGUCGAGACAGAAACGCCCUAUUUCACAGCCGCCGACUUUCAAACGAACCCCCUCGGCUUCUGA